AUGUCAUUGCGUGAGUGGAUUAUUGAUGGGAUAUUCACCUUGACAGUGGAUAAUGCUAGCUCAAAUUUAACAACAAUUAAAUUUUUGCAAAGGGUGACUAAAGAUUGGAAUGGGGCAGUUUUAAGAAAUAAGUACAUGCACAUGAGAUGUUGUGCCCAUAUCAUAAAUCUCAUUGUGGGGGAGGGUUUGAAAGAGAUAGAUGCAUCUGUUGCUAAGGUGCGUGAAGCUGUGAGGUGGAACUCGAUCUAUAUCAUGUUAGAAACUGCUGAAAAUUUUGAGAUAGUGUUCCUUCAAAUGGAUUUUGAAGAUGAUGGUUAUUCAUCGUACUUUAGGACCAAGGAAGAUAGUGGUGGUUUGGGGUCUCCGUGUAUGACUGAUUUCCAAAAUUGUAGGGCAUUUGUGACUUUCUUAAGGCUGUUUUAUAAUGCAACAAAGAAAUUUUCUAGUUCAUUGUAUGUUACUUCAAAUGCCUUCUAUGAUGAAAUCUUUGUUAUUCAGGAAAUUGCAAAAGUGAUGGUUGAUAAGGUGAAAGAUCUUUUGUUUAAGUUGUAUAAUUUUUGCACUUUUAUUCAUUCACCAAAUGUGCAAGAUCAAAGUGGGAGUGAGAGUACAGAAUUGGAAAGUGAUGCUAGUGAUCCAUAUGUGAUGGUUCACUCGCGAUAUGAACGUUUUUUGCAAGUUGAGAAAUCUGUAGGUUAUAGUAAUGAACUUGAGAGGUAUUUGGCUGAAAACUGUGAUAGUAGAAAGGAUGCAAAUUUUGAGAUAUUAGAAUGGUGGAGGGACAAUUGUAAUAGGUACCAAGUGUUGUCUAAAGUUGUUAAGGAUAUGCUGGCUGUACCAGUUUCCACUGUUGCAUCUGAGUCAGCAUUUAGCACUGGAGGUCGAAUUGUUGAUCCAUUUCGAAGUUCACUAUCUCCUCUCAUGGUUCAAAAUCUUGUAUGUUCACAAAAUUGGCUUCAAGCCACAGUUCCAAUUUCUCAUCGCCAGUCAAGGGAUGAUGUAGAGGCAUUGGAGGAGGAGUUACUUGACUUAGUUUUAAAUCAACAACCAACAGCAAGCGCAACAGCAAAUACCAGCUCAAGUAAAGGUUCCACUUCAGGCAAACGACCUUUGAUUAGCAUUGAUGAUUAA